AUGCGCUUCCGCACUCAUUUAAAGAAUACGAGAACCUUCUCCAAAUUGACUGCAUCCCUCUCGUCCCUGGGCAAGGUAUGCUGGAUGCGCCUGGAGUACGAUGUGGUCCGCUUCACCAUAAUCCCAGACCAAGGCACGCAAGUAUGGGCUCAAAUCCCAGUUAGUACAAUCUUCGACGAAGAAUCAUACCAAAUAGAAUCCAACUCCGACGCAAUCAACAUCGAAAUCAACGUUGCCGUCUUGAACCGCGCCUUGCGCUCCACAUUUGGCGCCUCAUCAUCACAACUCCGUCUAACCAAGAAAGACAAAAUGCCUCUUCUGGCACUCACCGUUCUCACCACGGAAUGGACAGAAGGCAACAUGGCCCUUGCCACAGAUGAGGAGCAGUCCGGCCAAAGCGAUGUCGUAGGCGACCGACGUGCGCGUGAGCGUGAGACCUGGAUCACGCAAGAAAUCCCUAUCAAAAUUUUACACGAAUCAGCCGUGGAAGGUCUACAUGAACCGCACUGUCCAGAUCCGGACGUGCAUAUUAUUCUGCCUGGGUUGGCGCAGUUGAAGAGUAUCUCUGAUCGGUUUACGAAGCUUGCUUCUACGGAGAAGGGUCGGCAAGCUGGAGUUGUGGCUAAUGAUGCGCCGAGUGCGUCGGCUGGGGCGGGGGCUACGGCGUUAUCGACGAACUCGGCGCCGAAGCUGGAGUUGUCGGCGAAUAUGCAUGGGAAGCUGAGGCUGGCGAUUGCGACAGAUGAGUUGCGGAUUGCAAGUGUCUGGUCGGGUCUUGUGAAUCCGCCGCUGGAUCCGGCCCAUAUCACUCAGGAGCAGUAUUCGCAGUUGCCGAGUGAAAGGAUGCGGGGAGUCGGGGAUAAUGAUGAGUCCGGGUGGGCCAAGGUACGGAUUGAUGGGAAGGAUUGGAGUCGGGUUUUGAGUGUGGGGAGGCUUAGUCCCAAGGUUGUUGCUUGUUUCAUUAACGAGAUGGCUCUUGUUCUCUACGUCUAUCUCCCGGGUAGCUGGAAUGGCGAAGAAUCAUGCCUCACCUACUACAUUAAUUCCUUCACAACUUGA